UGGAAAAGGGUCAUUGUAUGUGUCCUCGUUAAAAAGCGAAAAAAGGUCCCAUUUUUAUGGGAAACUUCAUUGACCCUCGGUUCGUCUAAUAAUCAUUUGCAAAGCUUCAGCAAUGGUGACAUGCAUUCCAAGCUCCCCUGUCUGCUUAUUCGCACAGUUUCACAUCUAACACCCUCGAAUAUCUCAUCAACCCAUAUUAUUUCCACCAUCCAAACUCUUGUCCGACAGGGAUCUUACAUACAAGCCCUGCAAUUAUACUCCAGAAAUUCACAGGCCCUCCUCAAAACCUCUAAGUUUGCCUUCCCUUCGCUGCUCAAGGCCUGUGCUUCCCUCCCUAAUCUUAACCACGGCAAGAUCAUCCAUUCCAAAGUCUUCGCUUUGGAUUUGCAAUCUGAUCCUUUCAUCACCACUUCACUCAUCAACUUUUAUGUUAAAUGUGGGUCAUUCUAUAGUGCAGUCCACGUGUUUGAUAAAUUUUGUGAGAGUGAGGUUUUGGUCCGGGACGUCACAGUUUGGAACUCUAUAAUUGAUGGGCACUUUAGAUUUGGGCAUAUUAAGGAGGGUGUGGAUUACUUUUGUCGAAUGCAAUUGUUGGGUAUGAAGCCUGAUGCCUUCUCGCUCUGUAUACUGCUUGGUGUGUGUGAUGGUGGAGUUUCGGGCUAUAUGGAAGGGAAGCAAAUUCAUGGCUACAUUAUUAGGAACGUGUUUGGUGUUGAUUCUUUCUUGGAGACCGCACUUAUUGAUAUGUACUGGGGUUGUGGUCAACCAAUGUAUGGUUGGCGUGCGUUUGUUAUGAUGGAACAUAAGGACAAUGUUGUGCUAUGGAAUGUAAUGAUUGGUGGGUUUUGUGAGAAUGGUUUGUGGGAGAAUAGUUUGGAGUUAUAUUCAGAGGUGAAGAAUGAGAAUAUCAAACCUGUUUCAAAUUCCUUUACAAGUACUUUAAGUGCCUGCUGCCAUGGUGAAAUUAUUGGUUUUGGCAGGCAAGUGCAUGUAGAUGUGGUCAAGAUGGGGUUUGAUAAUGAUUCAUAUGUCUGUACUUCUUUGUUGACCAUGUAUGCUAAAUGCGAACAAAUUAAAGAGGCAGAAAGGGUCUUUUAUCAGACAGCAGAUGGAAAAAUUGAAUUGUGGAAUGCAAUGAUUGCAGCUUAUGCUAGUAAUGGUUGUGUUCAUGAAGCUUUGGAAGUUUACAAACUGAUGAGACUAUGUGAAAUGCUACCUGAUUCCUUCACGCUGUCAAAUGUUAUAUCAUCUUCCAGCAUGUUGGAAUUAUAUGAUUAUGGUAAGUCAAUUCAUGCAGAGGUGAUGAAAAGACCUAUCCAGGAUAAUAUUACUGUACAGAGUGCACUGGUGACUAUGUACUCUAAAUGUGGGAAUAAUGAUGAUGCUGGUUCAGUUUUUAAUAAAAUGAAGGAAAGAGAUGUGAUUGCAUGGGGUUCAAUGGUAUCAGGUUUUUGCCAAAAUGGUAAAUUCAAGGAGGCUUUACAGUCUUUUAAGGCAAUGGAGGUUCAGGGGACAAAACCAGAUUCCCAUAGUAUGGCAAGCACUAUAGGUGCAUGCACUGGACUAGAGAAUUUAGCUUUCGGCUGCCAGAUCCAUGCAUAUGUUAUCAAAGUUGGAUUAGAGGUGGACCUUUUUGUUGCCAGUUCCUUAAUAGAUAUGUAUUCAAAAUGUGGUUUCUCAGAGAUGGCUGGAAAUGUAUUUUCUUGUAUGCUGCAUAAAAAUCUUGUUGCAUGGAAUUCUAUGAUUUCCUGCUAUUCAAGGAAUGGUCUCCUGGAACUGUCAAUCAGGCUUUUUCUACAAAUUGUGGAGCAUGGCUUAUAUCCAGAUUCAGCGUCCAUAACAAGUGUUCUUAUUGCAGUUUCAUCAAUAGCAGCUCCACUUAAAGGAAAAACUCUGCAUGGAUAUCUAAUAAGACUCAAGAUUCCUUCUGAUAUUCAAGUGGAGAAUGCCUUAAUUGAUAUGUAUAUCAAGUGCGGAAUUUUACAGUAUGCCCAAAACAUCUUUCAGAACAUGUCCCUUAGGAACUUGAUUACAUGGAAUUCAAUGAUUUCUGGUUAUGCAUCACAUGGGGAGUUCCUGAAAGCAAUGAGGCUGUUUGAUGUGAUGAAGAGGUGUGGAAUAACACCUGAUCAUGUAACCUUCCUUUCCUUAAUUUCAGCUUGCAAACAUUCUGGUUUUGUGGACGAAGGCCAAAAUCUAUUCAAGUCCAUGAGAGAGGACUAUGGGAUUGAACCUGAGAUGGAGCAUUACGUAAACAUUGUUGAUCUCCUGGGACGAGCAGGAUGCUUGGAAGAUGCUUACAAUUUUGUGAAAAACAUGCUAAUUGAAGCUGACAGGAGCAUUUGGCUGUGUCUGCUGUUUGCCUGUCGAGCUCAUGGUAAUGUGGAGCUCGGGGAACUAGCAGCUUUUAAUUUGUUAAAGUUGGAACCAAGCAGAGGCAGCAACUACAGUCAACUAAUGAAUCUUUAUGGAGAAGCUGAAUUAUGGGACAAGGCAGCAGAGUUACGAAUCUCAAUGAAGGAGAAAGGGUUGAAAAAGAACCCAGGAUGCAGUUGGAUUGAAGUGAGGAACAGGAUUGCUGUUUUCUUUUCUGGGGAUUCAUCGUCCCCAAGGACAGUUGAGAUCUUUGAUACACUAAAUAACCUCAGGAAGAACAUGGAAAAGAAAGAAAGUUACUGUGGAAAUGUUGAGAGCCUCCAAGAAUAAAAGCUCAUAGUUCAAGUUAGAGUGAUACUUAUAAUUCCCUUUCUUCCAGAUAGUCAUGGUAAAACAGAGAACAACAAAAACGGACUAAUCGAAGUUCAAGCUUAGUUGCAUCCAUGUAUGUUAGACAUGCUCAACCAAAAGAAAAUGACAGAUACACAAUGGAAAUAUUUCUUGUUAUUGUUUUUGUUAUUUGGCUCACUUAGAAUUCAAGAUCAAAUAUUCUUUCGCAGAUAAGUUGGGAGAGUAAGUGAAAGAGAAAGUCAUCUCUCAUUUUUGUAACAC